AUGCAGUGCCCUCAUGCUCAUUCAGACGACCUGAGACCUCCACGAGCCAACCAGAGCGUAUACCGAGAGGACUGCACGCAGUGUUUCGACUCCAUAGACGACGAGGCGGGGUUAGACGUCUGCCUACACUGCUUUAACGGCGGCUGUGCAGGAGAGAGGAACCAUUCCCUAUUGCAUUACUCCUCCACCGGUCACCCUCUCGUAUUGAACAUCAGACGCAUCCGAAAACAUGUUCAACGGGAGGAACCACCAGCCAAGUUGACCAAACUUGCCAUCGCCGCCGAAACAGAAGAAGACCGAUACGAGACGAUCACUAGAGUCAAGUGCUACGCAUGCGAGUUACAGGAUGUGGACAAGACAUCGGGCAAUCUGCCCAACGUGGUGGAUGGGGUUCUAAAGGCUAUGACCUUCGCCAAACAGGAGGAAGUCAAGGCUUGGGAGCAGGAAUUUACACCCUGUGAACACACACUCUGCCUUGAGCAACAACCCAGCAGACAGAUUGAGUCUCAGAACUUGGGGUCGUGUUCGAAGUGCGAUCUGAAGGAGAACCUUUGGCUCUGUUUAGAAUGCGGCAAUCUGGGAUGCGGGCGGGCGCAGUUCGGAGGCGUUGGUGGCAACUCUCAUGGCCUGGCUCAUGCAACAGAGAGCAGCCAUGCCGUCGCAGUCAAGCUCGGCUCGAUAACACCUGAGGGGAAUGCUGAUGUCUACUGCUACAAGUGCAACGAAGAAAGAAUUGACACAGAGCUGGCUAAACAUCUCGCUCACUGGGGCAUCAACAUUGCCGAACGGGAGAAGACCGAGAAGAGUUUGAUGGAGAUGCAAGUGGAACAGAACCUGAAAUGGGACUUCUCUAUGACGACCGAGGAUGGCAAGGAGCUGACUCCCAUCUUCGGUCCGGGCUUUACGGGAUUGAAGAACAUUGGGAACAGUUGUUAUCUGGCCAGUACUGUUCAGUGUUUAUUCUCCCUUCCAGAGUUCCAACAGCGAUACUAUCGUCCGGAUGAAGCCCCUCCAAAAGCCAACAUUCCUGCCGAGGACAUUGAGACGCAACUGCGCAAGCUUGCUGACGGGAUUCUGUCCGGUCGGUAUUCAUAUCCAGAUAGCAAUGUUCACGCUACUCCUGAUAAUCCAGAGGUGCCCCAUCAGAAGGGCCUCUCUCCUGCUAUGUUCAAACAUCUAAUCGGCCGAGGACAUGAGGAGUUCUCGACCAUGAGGCAACAGGAUGCCUUUGAAUUCCUCUUACACCUGUGCAAACUCAUCAGUGUCUCAAACAAUGCCAGUCCUGCCGACGACCCGGUCCAGUCAUUUCGGUUCGCUCUUGAACAGCGUCUUCAGUGCUUAAGCUGUAAACGUGUUCGCUACCGAACUGAUGAACAAGACAAUAUCUCGAUCCCAGUUCCAGUUCGGCGGAAGCAUCUGUCCAAUGGCGUUCGGCCAGACGCGGAUGCUGCCAAAGGAUCUGAAUUUGAACCAAUCUCACUGAAAGAAUGCCUCGAUAUAUUCACGGCACCUUCCACGGUCGAACUAACCUGUCCGGCCUGUGGGUCCAAAGAUGGAUUCUCGAAAUCAUCCAAGUUCAAGACAUUCCCCAAAAAUCUAGCCAUCAAUCCGCUCCGAUUUGAGAUCAUCAAUUGGGUACCCACGAAACUCGACAUUCCCCUGGAAGUACCUGAUGACAUCUUCGAAAUGAGCAGUUACAAAUCACAUGGAUUACAACCGGACGAGGAGGAACUGCCUGAGGAUGCAGAUGUUGCAGGUUCGGGAUCCGCUCCUGGAGCAUUCGUACCCAAUGAGGCAGCCCUUGGCCAGCUGGAGUCGAUGGGCUUCCCACGUACACGAUGCGAAAAGGCACUCCACGCCACUGGCAAUGCGGAUGCUGAAGCAGCCAUGAAUUGGCUGUUCGCACAUAUGGAUGAUCCCGAUAUCGAUGAGCCCUUGAACCUUGGUGGCGGCAACAGCGGCUCUGGCAGUUCCGGGGACGACGCUGACAAGAUUGCCCAACUGGGAGACAUGGGUAUCAGCGCACCACAAGCUCGCAAGGCGUUGCGUGAGUGCAAUGGCGACGUUAACAGAGCUCUAGACUGGGUAUUCAGCCACCCGGACGAUCAAGGGGAUUUUGGGGAGGAGCCCACUUCGGCACCGGCCGCACCAAAAUCGCUUCCUGGCAGUGAGCAACUACCUGCAAAUUUUGAGCUCCAAAGCAUCGUGUGUCACAAGGGAGCCAGUAUCCAUGCUGGACAUUAUGUCGCCUUCAUCCGGAAGCCGAUUCCUGGCGAAGGCAAGGAGAAACAAUGGGUAUUAUUCAAUGACGAGAAAGUGGUCAAGGCGGUUGACAUCGACGAGAUGAAGAAAUUCGCAUACAUCUAUUUCUUCCGCAUGGUAUGA